AUGUUCAAAGAUGUGUGGGGUGUAGUGAAAGCUUGUGACCGGUGUCAAAGAACCGGCAAUAUUUCAAGAAGAAGUGAAAUGCCCUUGAACAACAUUCUUGAGUUAGAGAUUUUCGAUGUAUGGGGCAUAGAUUUUAUGGGUCCUUUCCCGACCUCCUUUGGGAAUAAAUUCAUUCUUGUGGCCGUCGAUUACGUGUCAAAGUGGGUAGAAGCGGUUGCAUCUCCUACUAAUGAUGCUAAGGUGGUGGUCAAGCUCUUCAAGAAGGUCAUUUUUCCAAGGUUCGGGGUGCCACGUGCCGUCAGUGAUGGAGGUUCGCAUUUUGCAAAGCGGUCCUUCCAAUCUCUCCUUGAGAAGUACGGUGUGAAGCACAAGGUGUCAUUAGCUUACCACCCACAAACAAGUGAUCAAGCCGAGAUUUCAAACCGGGAGAUAAAGAUGAUCUUAGAGAAGAUGGCUAUUAAAACAUUGAACUUUGACCUUCAAAGUACUAGUGAAAAGAGGUUGCUUGACCUCCAUGCCUUGGAAGAGCUAAGAUUGGAUGCAUAUGAGAAUGCGCGAAUCUACAAGGAAAGGACCAAGGCUUGGCAUGACAAGCAUAUCAACAAAAGGGAGUUCAAGGAAGGUGACAAGGUCUUACUAUUCAAUUCCCGGUUGAAGUUGUUUCCAGGUAAGCUAAAAUCAAGAUGGAGUGGACCUUUUACCGUCAAGAAGGUGUUUCCAUAUGGUCCAAUUGAAAUCUCCAAUGACAAUGGUGAACCGUUCAAAGUAAAUGGCCAAAGGCUAAAGGCAUACUUUGACAAUUUUGUGAAUGAAAAGGCCAAGGUUGUUCACCUUGAGGAGUUCGAUGUUCCCCACUAA